AUGACGACGACGGUGGAGGUUGUCAUCCUAGCAUUCGCGGCGUUCGGGACCGUCGUCGGCGCCAUCGUCCUUGUGGCGCUCUUUCGAGAUCGCCAGCGGCGCCUGGCGGCCGCUGGCCAAACGGAGAGGGGCAACCUCGCCCAGAAGAUCUACGACGCCAGGAUCAACCUGGCGGAUGCAAUUGAGAGCAUGUGUGAUGCAAUUGCGCCGACGCCGCCCGGCCAGGUCAAGACGUCGGGGGGCCGGGGCCAGGGUCGAGGUCGGGCCCUCGACGAGGAGGAGGGGGGUGCUGGUUUUGGACAAAACUCUAUACAUCCAUGCGCCGCCUCCACUCACGAGCCAGCAGAGUCAAGGGCCAUCCUCGUUAGAUUUGAUAUUUACGAGAUAGCCAUAAAUAAUCCUGCUCUCUAG